AUGGAAGGAGAAGUUGGCAGAAGUGGGGAAGAUAGGAUAAGCUUAUUACCUCAAGAGUUGAUAUGUAAGAUAGUAACUUUUCUUAGGCCUAAGGAUGCUGUUAGGACAAGUGUUUUGUCCUCUAAAUGGAGAAAUCUUUGGCUAGAGGUUACUACACUAGACUUGAACACGGCUCAUUUUCGAAAUUACGAUGCAUGUGCGGAUUAUAUCGAUAUCUUCCAUAAGUACGGAACAUACUUGAGUAAAUUCAAGUUAACCAUUGAUAAACAUAUCUGUGGACAUGAAUUUUUCCUUUUGGAGCCAUGUCUCGGAAGAGUGCUUAAGCGCAAGAUUCAGCAUUUUGAAGUUUUGAGUAGCUUCGGAGAUUUGAUAAAGAUACCGUUAAACAAUCCUAUGUGCAAGGAGUUAGUAUGCUUAAGUCUCAGUUUGGUUAGGUUGGAUGAAUUUGUGUCACUUGAGUUUCCUUGUCUCAAGGUUAUGAACUUAUCUCAUGUCUUGUUUCCCUCCAAUGACUCGGGAGCGAUGCUAGUUCCAUGUUCUCCGGUUCUCGAAGAGUUAGUAAUAAGGAGGCCAUUUAAUAUGGUAGCGGAUUUAGAUUUACGCUUUUGUUCUAAAUCACUAAAGAGCCUAUCUCUCUCACAUAUCUUUUAUUAUGAUGGUCAUAUAGGCGGUCGAAACGCAGCUGAGAUCGAUGCUCCGAGACUCAAAUAUCUCAGCGUCAAAGAUUGCCUAGACAAAAUCAUCAGAGUAACCAAUAUAAGUCCUUUGGCCAAGGUGGAACUUGAUUUCAUUGAUGAUAGUUAUGAGUGUAGGGAAAGAAAUAGGUCAAAUAGCUUAUAUGAUCUUCUCACCAAUGUCUCAAGUGUUGUAGAUAUGACCAUCUCAAGGAGCACUCUUAUGUUGAUCUAUCAUAUGAAAGACUUUAACCCAUUGCCCACAUUUCAAGACUUGUCUCGUUUGAGCGUUACUAUGCACCCAUAUGAGUCUCAAAAACUGUUACCAUUCCUACUUGAGAGCUGCCCUAGUCUAAAAUACCUUACCUUGGUCUUGGAAUUACUUGAUGAGGACUAUCAAGUAGAAAAGGAAACUAAACUCUCCAGACUCUUACCUUGUUGUUUGUUAUCGUCCCUUGAAUAUGUUAAUAUCAAAAGCCCGAUCACUGAGCAAGGAACUGAACUAGAACUAGUUAGAUACUUUCUGAAGAACUCAGCAACACUGAAGAAGCUUGUGCUACGUUUGAAUCAUUCUUAUGGAGAGAAACGACUAUGA